GGGCCUGUUGCACAAAAGUAGAAUUAAGACAUCCGGGAUAAAUGACUCAGCUGAGCUCAAUGAAGCCAAAACAUGUGCGUCCAGGCUUAAUUGGUUGCACAAAGACCAAGCCAGGAUGAGCAGACACGGAUUCAUUAAGCCAGGUGAAACCAAUCCUGGAUAGGUGCGCGCUCACGGCUCACUCAAAUAGACCCCGCCACAGAUCACAGAUUAACUGAUUUACCAUGGCAACUAGAGCCGCGUACUUUUCCCCGUCGGAAGCACAAAUCCUCAUGGAGGCAUACGAGGAGGUAAAAGAUAUAAUUAAGAAGAAAGGCAACACCGCCACAGUGAUAAAGCAAAGAGAAAAAGCGUGGCAAAGUAUUGCAGACCGCCUGAAUGCAUUAAACAUGAACGGGCCAAAACGGACAUGGCAGCAGGUCAAAAUCAAAUACAAGAACAUUCUGCAGAAUGCAGUGAAAAAGAAUACCCACAGACAAGGCACGGGUGGUGGGUCACCAAAGGCUGACCUUACCCCAGCAGAGGACAUGGCCUUGGAGCUAAAUAAAGGCAGGCCCGUCUUAGAGGGGAUCCCUGGGGGGAAAGAGACGAGCAUAGGUUCCUCCCAAGAUGCCACCCGCUUCAUUCAAGUGCCUGGCAGCACUGUGUUCCUGUUAGAGCCACCAGCACAAGCACCAGACGAUGCUGAUCCAGGUGAAGGCCCCAGUGCAGCAGCAACAGCACAUGAUGGAGACGAUGAUGAGGAGGAGACCAUCUCUCUGGAUUCCAGAAGGCAUGAGGACCCAGAUGCUAUACAGUGGGAAAACCAGCCUGGCAACAUAAGCUCACAAGCUAUCAGAAAGUUGUAUGGCAACCACCUCCGGCGCCAAAUAGAACUGGCAGACAUAGACAUUCAGUACAAGAAGAAAAAGAUGGAAAAUCUUGCACUGGAGUCCGAAAUAAAAAAGAGGACAAUUAGGAAACUGGACCUUGAAAUAAAAAAACUUGAGGGAGCUCCAAGAAGAUGACACAGCUCAAAAUAAAAAUUAGCAAUCAGUACAACCAAGUCAUCGUUAUAAGGCAUCGCCCUCUUUUGCUCACCCCCCCAGCACCAGGUGUGGCCACUAGCCUAUAUGAAGGCCCAAAAUUGUGUGUUCCUUUCUGCUCUGACAAUGGCAUGCCCAUUCGUGCGAGAUGUGGUGGAUGAAGAAGCACUUGUGCUGAGGAGAGCCUUCAGGCGAGAAAGGGUCUUCAGGGACCGGUUGGACCCACUGGCCUUCCCUGAUGACCAUCUAUAUGAAAGAUACAGGUUUUCUGCAGAUGGCAUCAGGUAUCUAUGCAGACUACUGGGUCCCAGGAUUAAGCACCGCACUGCACGGAGCCAUGCACUGAGUGUGGAGCAAAUGGUUUGUGUGGCCUUGCGCUUUUUUGCUAGUGGAGCCUUCCUGUACUCAGUGGGGGAUGCAGAACAGCUGAACAAGGCCACAAUUUGCCGCACAAUAAGGAGUGUGUGUCUGGCUAUCAAAGCAUUAGCAGAUGUCUUCAUCUCCUUCCCUGGCCACAGAAGACUCUGUGACAUCAAAGAGGAGUUCUAUAGGAUUGCAGAUGGUCUGCAAUGCUGACUGUGUGAUCAGCAAUGUUGUGGCAAAAUGGCCUGGCUCAGUCCAUGACUCCAGAAUCUUUCGGGCCUCUGAAAUCUAUCACAAGGUGAAUUCUCUGGUGUGUUGCUGGGAGACAGGGGUAUGGCUGCCAGCCUUUUCUCCUGACACCUUUCACAGACCCCAGGAAGCACAGCAGGCCUACAACCAUGCCCAUGCCAGGACCAGGGCCAGAGUUGAAAUGACCUUUGGCCUCCUGAAGGCACGCUUUCACUGCCUUCACAAAUUAAGGGUCAGCCCUGUUAGGGCAUGUGAUAUUACUGUGGCUUGUGCUGUCCUCCACAAUGUGGCCUGCCUGAGGAAGGAGAGGGCCCCCAGAGUGCCACCAGCCAUGGACUGGGACAAUCCGGCAAUCUUCCCUGAUGACGACAGUGGUCGGCUGCUGAGGGACCAAUAUGUGUUGAAUUAUUUUAGUUAGUAUGUGUGCUUUCAAUUUUGGUUAAAUAUGUCCUGCGGUGGCAGAGGAAUUUGGGUUUUUUUGGGUUCGUUUUUGACGAAUUUGGCCUCUUAUGAUGUUUGUGCGGUAUACUGUGUGUAAUACAAGGCUGCAGGGAGGCUACUGCAUCCAUUCAUUUGUCUGUUCAGUUGAUGUGUAUGGAUUUGUCCUGCAUUUAUUUUAGUGUGCAGACAUGCAGGGUGUGUUAUAUACAGACCUUUGAAUGUGUAUGUAUCAUUUUGUAUAAUAUGCUUGGAUUCUGUGCUUUCCAUCUUGUAGAGUCACUGUGACUUCAGUUUCGAAAGGAGCUGAUGGUUUACCUGCUUUGUUUUGUCCUUAUUCAAUAAAGGAACAUAAUGUUACACAUUGUGUUUUUAUAUUCAUA